CUGCUUCCACAGAGUCAGUGCGAGUCACCAGCCUCCAAACAGAGUCCACUACUCACACUUGUUUGACUUUCAAGGAGCAUACUCCAGUCGCGAGACACAGCUGCAGCAACCUCUGGGAAAGCUCGUGCAGAAGACGCAAACUAGAUUUUUCAGAACAGAGCCCCGAAGACACGCUCGCACAAGGCAGUCUACUGUAGUUCGACCCUGAAAGCAUCACUGCUGCCAUGCACAGGCUCGUUUCCAUUGCCCUGCUAUUCCUGGGAGCCAGUUUGGCUGCUUCCCUCUUCCUUCCUGACUCCUUGGAGCUGAGGCAGAUAAUGCAACGCUACCAGGAUGAGCUGGAGCCCAACGGCACAAAAGCUGAUGCACCUUUACGCACUCGUAGAGCCAUCAGGUGGUCAGACAGAGAGGAGAUCCUACAACUGCACAACAAGCUGAGAGGAGCGGUGCAACCGACUGCCUCCAACAUGGAGUACAUGGUAUGGGACGAUGAACUGGAGAAGUCAGCAACCUACUGGGCAGAACAGUGUGAGUGGGAACAUGGACCUAAAGAUCUACUGAUGUCCAUCGGGCAGAACCUGGCAGUGCACUGGGGAAGGUACCGCUCUCCGGCCUACCAUGUGCAGGCCUGGUACGAUGAGGUGAAGGACUACACCUACCCUUACCCACAUGAGUGCAACCCCUGGUGCCCUGAGCGCUGCUCUGGACCCAUGUGCACUCACUACACACAACUGGUUUGGGCCACGACCAACCGUGUCGGCUGUGCUGUUCACACGUGUCCGCGUAUAAACGUAUGGGGAGAAAUCUGGGAGAACGCCGUCUAUCUCGUCUGCAACUACUCACCCAAGGGGAACUGGAUCGGGGAAGCCCCUUACCAACCAGGCGUGCCCUGUUCCCAGUGCCCACCAAGCUAUGGAGGAAACUGCAGAGACAGACUCUGCUACAAGGGAGACCCUGGACGUCACGAGUCUCCAGAUAUGAAUGAGGUGGAGAAGCCGCAGGAGCCCGUUCAGCCUCGGACGACUCCAACUAAGCCUCAACCCAAACCCUAUUUCCCCCAAAAACCUGCAAAUGCCAAUCCUUCCUCAACCAAGACUACAAGAACUACCUAUCUAGCACAAAACAUUAAGUGUGAGACAAAAAUGAGGGACAAAUGUAAAGGAGCAGCCUGCAACAGGUACAACUGCCCGGCGAACUGCUUAAAUAAGAAGGGGAAAGUGUGGGGAACACUGUACUAUGAUGUUCAAUCGAGUAUUUGUCGUGCUGCUAUCCACUAUGGUAUAAUUGACAACAAUGGAGGCCUUGUGGAUGUUACAAGAAAAGACAACUUCCCAUUCUUUGUAAAGGCAACCAAGAAUGGUGUAGAGUCAUUCAGUAAAUACAAACCUGGCAAUGCAUUUACAGUGUCGAGAGUGGAAGAGCAAACAAUAGACUGCUACACAACAGUGGCUGAGAUUUGUUCCUUCAAGGCAUCCACCUCUCAUUGUCCAAGAGUCUUCUGCCCAGCUAAUUGCAUAAACGAACCUUCAUAUUGGGCUCCAGUGGUUGGCAGCAACAUCUACGGAGAUGGCUCCAGUAUCUGCCGAGCAGCUAUCCACUCCGGGGUGAUCAAAGCCAGCGGCGGCUAUGUGGACCUCCUGGCCCUGGAUAAGAGGAAAAGCUACACCGGGACCUUGAAGAAUGGCAUCCAGUCUGAGAGUAAAACCAAUACAGAAGGCGGUUCGUUCCGUGUCUUCGCUGUUAGAGAGUGAGAAGGCACUGACGAGACACAAAAGAUCACCGAUUUGCUCUUGAAAGUCAGGACAUACCAAAUGAAGUGUAACUUUUGGACGAACGAGACAUUUACAGAAGACCAAAGGAUCUGUCAAAGUCUGCUAGCUCAGUCCAUGGGCUUCCAAAGGUUUUAUAUACAAUAGUGAACAAUAUUUUUGACCACACAUGCAACUCUUAACAAAAUACAGUGUGGUAGAAAUGGUAUUUUAACAGCGGUGCUGGUUUUAAUCGUUGUUGUUUUUUAGAUUCAAGUAAGUCAGUUAAUUUUUUUUAUUAUAUUCUAUUAGUCUUGAAUACAUGCAAAUUCUCUAAUUUACACACAAAAUGCAUAUUGAUUACACUGUAUUUAAUCUGUACAGAUAUUUUGUUGAUUUAUCAGGCUUGUUGCGUGUUUCUCAUUUUUUGCCUUAUUUCCUAAAUCAUUUUUGGAAGCCAGAGCUGGAACAGGGUGUGAUCUUCACGAGGAAUCACAAAAUUACAAACAUAAUAUGAAAAUAUAGUUCUGACCUAAGUUAAGUCUGUCUCAAAAGUUGUUUCUCUAUUGUUAAAUCUAUUUCUCUAUGAGGAAAAUUAGUGGGAUUUUUACUCCUGGAAAUGUUUGCGCUCUAUUACAAUAGUAGUUGAGUGUGUACAGUGCAG